CUCGCCAGUUCUCUCGAAGACACGUUUCCAGCUAUAUAAAACAUUGAAGGUCUCACUCAUGCUCUUGCGUUAACCUUGAUGACAGCCAAGUCAAAAAAGGUCGAAUUGCACAACACUAUCUGAAGCUGCGCUGUCGAACCAUUCAACCACACGAUGACCGACCCAACGUCGACAGACAAAGUCUCUGUCCUAUUCGUCUGCCUAGGCAAUAUCUGCCGAAGCACAAUGGCUGAAGGGGUAUUCCGCUCCCUGACGAAAUCUCAUCCACGCGUCGGCUCCAUCGACUCGGCGGGCACUGGUGCUUAUCAUGUAGACGAUCCUCCUGAUGACCGUACAAUGGACACACUGCGCCGGAACGGGAUAACAGACUAUGACCACGGCGCACGGCAGGUCAAGACACAGGACUUCUUCGAAUAUGACUACAUCUUUGCCAUGGACGGCUACAAUCUGCGGGAUUUACAAAAACUACAGCGCAGAAUCGAGGCAAAGGGACAAGCAGAGAAGAUCAGGGCCAAUGUUAUGAUGUUUGGAGAGUUCCAUGGUGGCAAGAGUAAGAAGAGCAAGGCGGAGGAAGUCAUUGACCCAUACUACGGCGCAGAUAAUGGCUUUGACGUCGUGUAUGAGCAGGUCACAAGGUUUUCGAAUACUUUUCUUGAGCAGGUCCUUGAUAUCAAGGAAUGAUAUGGCAAAGGGUUGCGUUGUUUUCCGACUUUUGGUGAUAGAGAGGGGUUCGAUGGCUUGGGGGCAUUGCCUUUUGAGUUAUUUAAUGGCAGGAAGUGGGUAUUUCAAGGACAGCGAGGCGUUUGGUCGGUCAAUACACGACGCGUGGAAUGAUGGACGGCUGCUGUAUGGCAAUGGGCAGUGGUUAUGGGCGCAGCACAACGAUUCGGCACUGUGACAUAGAGUGUGAUCCAAGAUUGAUGUUGGCGCUCGAGGAGAGGCCGGACCAGCAGCGCAUCUCUUACCCUGGAGAAACC